UUCGCUGAAGGUGUUACAGAUCUAAUGGAAAUAUUCCAAUUCGAUGAACAAUGGAUAUAUUGGACAACGAUUUCAUAGACUACCAGUACCCCUUGUCAGUCCUCGAAAAACUAAAGACAUUCUGGCUCAACAAAACACUGUGUGAUGCAACUCUAGAGGCAGGACCAGUAAAAGUCUAUGUCCAUCGCUUAAUCCUACUGGCAGCAAUCCCAGGGUUGACACAGUGGCAGAUACCUAACUCAGGGAAACCACUAGAACUGAUCCUCCCUGCCAGCAUUAAGGCUGAUGCCCUGAACAGUGUCGUCCAAUACUGGUACACAGGAACUCUUCAUCUGACUCCACAGAAUGCUCCAUGGGUAGAACAAAUUGUCCAUCUCCUAGGACUGGAAAGCCUCUACACAUACUGCAAGCAAUACCACAACUAUCUUAGGCAAAAGAAAAUUCUAAUUCCUGCUUGUGAGCUCUUCAAAAACCCUGUUGUUGUACUGUGUGAGUUAGAGAGAGUUACCCAGCUUCAUUACCUGGAAUCAAAGGAUCACCUACCUCAUUUUCAGAGACAAAACUCCACACUGGCUCCUGUAGUUAUAAAAGCUACCAAUAAGUUUUCAAAUACAGAGGCCUUAGAAACAAAAGUAAAGAAUGUUGCAAGAGAGAUUGAAAAUCCAGAACUAGCAUUAAAUCACAGUGAUUUCACACUGGGUACCUUCCCCCAGUCUUCACUUAAAGAGAGACUGCAUUUUCAGAUUUGUCGCAGUAGCAGAGAGGAUGAAAAGAGUGAAACAUCCUCAAGUGGAAAUGUUCCUUCUCAGCAAAUAAUAACACCACAAGGUCCAGUACAAAUAUCAGGCCUAGUGGAUUUAAGCAAUGACAAUGGUAUAAAAUCAAACUCAAACAGUGUGCAGCAGCAUGAGAAACCACCACAAACAAGGACCUCAGGCAUUCCCAAAUUACAAGAAACACCAGAAACAAGGACAGGAGUACAGUGUAACAUAGAACAGAGAAUCAAACAAGAACCUGGCUGGUCUGACUCUGACAUGGACAUCAUGUCUAGUUGUGAACAAGGUGACAAUCAGAUGAACCAGGGAAACAGCGGAGAUAAAAGGGAGACAGUGUAUAAGUUCAUUUCCAGGCUGGUCGACAAGUACAUGGAGGAUGAGCCGGAAUCAACUGACUGGUUAAUGAAGGACAAACAGCUAGAUGACUUGAAUAACCAGACGUCCAGCAGCCAGACUACAGCAAAUAUGUCUGCGACAAAAAUUAUAAAAGAAAAGGAAAAAGCAGGUAGAAAAGAGGAAAUUAUUGAGGAAACAAAUCAAAAGUGCACCACGACAGAGCAGCCGCUAGUUAUCCAAUAUGACACCUGUCCAUCAUGUAAUCUUACCUUCCACUCAGAAGAACAGAUCAAGGCACAUCUAAACCUCCACUUAACAUUGUGUCAAGGUUCCAAAUCAUCAGAACAACUGACUCCCAAUACCUCUGUCAUAAACCAAAGACCUAGCACCAGUUCAUCAGAAAACCUGACUCCCAAUUCAUCUGUCUUGAACCAUAGAAUUGGCACCAGUUCAUCAGAAAACCUGACUCCCAAUACAUCUGUCUUGAACCAUAGAAUUGGCACCAGUUCAUCAGAAAACCUGACUCCCAGUACAUCAGCCUUGAACCAUAGACUUGGCACCAGUUCAUCACAAAACUCAACUCCCAAUUCAUCUGUCUUGAACCAUAGAAUUGGCACCAUUUCAUCAAAAAACCUGACUUCCAAUUCAUCUGUCUGGAAUAUAAGAGUUAGCACCAGUUCAUCAGAAAAUCUAACUUCUAUCCCUUUUGUACUGAAUCAGACACCAACAUGCAGUAAGAAUUUAUCAGAAAAUCUGAGCCCUGCUGUUAUACCAAGUCCUGAUCCCAAAUCUGCCUAUCAGCAACCAGGAGGUAAAUCCUUAACGUCUCCUGACCAGCGAUGUGAAGAUGUCUUUUCAGACACUGAGGACUUCACAGCCUACUGCCCUCUCUGUCUGAUGAACUUUGUGUCGAGGAAGGCUUACACAGCUCACCUGAAUAUCUGUUUUAAUACUUUUCACCACAGACAACAGAACAGGUUCAUGUGGAAGGAAUGGAAUCGCCUGUCUCUGGGAAAUCGAGUUUCCUUCCAAAGUAGCUCAAGUGGUAGGACUUUUUCCUUUCUCAGGCCUAUUUACACCAGCAGCACUAUGCCUACAGAUGAUACAGGCUUUGUUAACAGUGUGGACUACACCAGCAGCUCUAUGCCUACAGAUGACUCGGGCUUGGUUAACAGUGUGGCUUACACCAGCGGUUUUUUGUCAGCAGAUGUUGGGAAUGCUGGAAACACAGAUACCAGGCUGACAACUGGGACUCAGGAAAAAAAUGCAUUGGCACCCACAGAACGUGAAAUAUCAUCGCAGAGAGAGAAUGGAGAUGUGGACUUAUGUGGAAACACAACUUCUAAUGACAGUGGAGAUCCUACUCCAUCAGAGAAGGUGGAAGGAGAGACGGUGAGUUCGGUUAGCUGUCAGACAGGUACAACCAAGGAGGAUUUAGAAAUAAAAAUCACAGAUGUACGGACUCUGAAAGACUUGCCUGAAGAGUCAAGUAUUCCUCUAACAGCAGCAGCUCUUGAACAUCAGAAAACUUUUAUUAACCAGACUCAAGAUCAGGCAAAGCAUAACAAUUUUCCAGUAAACAAAAGACAAAAAUCUAUGUUUGAAGUUACAGCUGAGGGAAAUAAAUUGUUCAUCAAGAAAAAAGCUGUAAAUGACAAAGGUCAAAGUAAGGCUCUAAAUGACAAAGGUCAGGGCAAAGCUGUAAAUGACAAAGGUCAGAGCAAAGCUGUAAAUGACAAAGGUCUGAGCAAAGCCGUAAAUGACAAAGGUCAGAGCAAAGCUGUAAAUGACAAAGGUCAAGGUAAGGCUGUAAAUGACAAAGGUCAAGUUAAGGCUGUAAAUGACAAAGGUCAAGGUAAGGCUGUAAAUGAAAAAGGUCAGAGUACAGCUGUAAAUGACAAAGGUCCGAGCAAAGCUGUUAAUGGUAAAGAAUAUAAUGACCAAAUAUGUGAAAAACCAAAAACAGAUGACACCAAAAGAAGAGGAAAGGGAAAGCAGAAUAAUAAUGACACAAGCGUACAAGGCAGAAGUGUGAGAUGGGACAAGAAGAAUGGUAAAACUGCUCCUCCUGUGUUGUCAGCUGAAAUCAAAGACAAACUGUCUGUACACUUACAGAAAAUUAAUGGACAGGGCACAGCCAAGAUUGUCAUUUCCCAAACUCCCAUCAAGAAAUUAACAAAAAUUGUUGCUGCUGUUGCGCAGAAAGAAAACAAUUUCAAGAUGAAGAAAAACGACCAAGGUUCAGAUGGAGACAUAAUUAAGAGAAAAAAUUCUACAGAAGUAGAAAGUCCAGUAGUUGCCGGAAAUAACAACACUCUAGUAGACCAUGAAAACAAGAAACAGAGCAGUAGGAAGAUUUACAGAUUUAAAAACCAACCCAAAGAUGGUGUCCCUCAACAGUGCCUGGCUCCUAGAUCUCAAGGUCACAUCAAGCCUUCAGUGGUGACAGCAAGUGUACCAGCAGCUCUCCAGAAGUUAUCUUCUGCUCUACAAACACAGAACACAACCAUGUAUAAUUCAGUGAUGAGAAUGGCACCAGCAGUGAAUGUCAACUCUCAGAUGCCCCUAAGGAAGGGGUCUAUUGAGAAAAGAAUAGCCAGUGUGUACAGAAAGAACUGUAUCAUCAUUCCAAAGGAAUGGAAAAAGUGGAAAGAAGACACACCAAAGCCAGAAGGAACAUCUGCCCCAUGUCAAUACCCAGGAACAGGUGCCCCAUGUCAUAAUCAGACAGGUACUGUGUGUCAACAUACAGAAGAAGGUGCUCCAUGUCAAUAUAAAAGAACAAGUGACCCAGGUCAAUAUACAGUGCCUUUGAAGAAGAGAAAGCAGUAUUGAUUUAAGUGGAUAAACAUUUUCUUGGUAGAAACAUUAAAAGAGAAAUCCUGUUUACUAGUAUGUCUAUAAAAGAAGGACUUGUUUGAUGGCUUAGUUUUGAGUCAAUUUUUAAUGAGGCAUUAGAAUCUUCAAUCAGUGAAUCAUGUACUCAUAUCUUGAAAAUGUUAAGAGAAGUAACAUAAGAUAUUAAUAAUGUAGGAGGUUCUUCAGUAUGCAAAAACAAAGAAAGCAGUUUUAAAUUUCUCAUGUGAAAGGUUUCUUUUGUAUUAAAAAGGAUGUAGUCAAGAUGGUUAAUUAUAGAAUCAUUUGUACUUUGAUGAUUAAAUGAUAAUUUCAAAUGCAGAUACUUAAAAAUCUUGUUUAAAAACUAUGUAACUUUUGUAAGUGUUUGGAUGUUAUAUCAUGAUUUGAUUAUUGUUGAUAUUAUUUAGAAGUUGAUUAAGUUAAGAAGUUGUAGAGAUAGUUAAUUAGUUAAUUAUAGUGAUGUCAGUUAUUCAAAUUAAUGCCUACAAAG